AUGUCCAUCUCAAGCUUGUCCUCCAUCUCUAAUACACAAUUCAAUCCCAGCUCAAUCCCCGCAUUCCUGGUCCCGGGACCGUUUGCCAGAAAGAUCCUCCUCCAAAUCCACACCUGGACAGUCCACAACAACCCGCACAAACCACCACACCACUGGACCAUCUCCCUAAUACCGCUCCGUGACCUUGCUAACCCAACUACAUGCUGGAAGCUUUACCACAUCUUCGACACUCCCAGUGGGUACGAAGUAAUAGACGAGUUCGAACCGCUGUACUCUGCGUCUUUCCUGGGGCCGGAACUGCACUCCCGAUACGAUGUGUGUUUGAUUGAUGUGAAGUAUAUGUUCAUACUUGAUGCCUUCCUGAAGGAGAUCCUGGGCCAGAGGGAGUUUCGAUGGGUGGAGCUUUUGGCGGCGUAUUUGGUCAUGGAGAAGUGGGUUGGAGAGAGGGAGGCGAGGGUGCUGCGGAAGGAGCUUAAAGUAGGACAAUAUGAGCCGGCGGGCAAGAAGAGAGGGAGGAAUAUGGAGAGGUAG